CAUGAGUACAAAUUAAAUUGGUUUAGUAACGGAUUACAACCUCGGUAGCACCUUAAAAAUAGGUGUGUGUUUUUUAAGGAUUACCCCCAAAGCUCAUAAAGUGCCGGGAGUGCUGACUGCACGGAUUACGCUAAUUACUGUAUAUAAUGAAGCCGCUCGGCGAGGCGGCCAGAGCAGCGGGCGCCGGGAGAGAUCUCUCGCACGGUUCCUCCGGGGCUCCGCGGUGCUGCCGGGACAGGUGCUGGUGCGCCGCACGGCAGAGGAUGGCGCUCUGCCGGACCAAGGGGCCCCCCGCGAGGCCGGGCCAGCCUGCCGGCACCAAGCGCCGGUCCAACGGCGUGGUGCCGCACCGGAGCAGGGGCCCGGGCUGGCAGGCGGCCCCGGCCGGCGGCAGGGCGCUGGUGACUGGGGGCGCCGGCUACUUCGGGCGCAGCCUGGGUCGCGCCCUGGCCAGCUCAGGUGUGUCCGUCGUCCUCCUGGACCUGCACGAGCCCAGGUGGGAGAUCCCCGAGGGAGCCGUGUUCCAGCAGAGUGACAUCCGAGACUAUGAUGCUCUUUAUAAAGCCUGUGAGGGUGUGGACUGUGUGUUCCACACAGCUUCGUACGGGAUGUCAGGACCAGAGCAGCUGAAGAAGGAGCAGAUUGAGUCAGUCAAUGUUGGGGGGACAAACAAUGUCAUCAACGUUUGUCUCCAGAGGAGCAUCCCCAGACUGGUCUACACCAGCAGUGUCAACGUGGUGUUCGCAGGGAGCCCCAUCGAGCAGGGCGAUGAGGAAACAGUGCCGUGCGUCCCUCUGGACAGGCAUGUGGACCACUACUCCAAGACCAAAGCCAUCGCAGACCAGGCGGUGCUGGCGGCCAACGGGAGGACUCUGAGAGGUGGGGGGCUCCUGCGCACCUGUGUGCUUCGACCCCCGGGGAUCUACGGGCCUGAGGAGCGAAGGCACCUGCAGAGAGUGGCGGUGAAUAUCGAGAGAAGGCUCUUCAGCUUCAGUUUUGGGGACCGUGAAGCCAAGAUGAACUGGGUGCACGUUGAUAACCUGGUGAUGGCCCACGUGCUGGCCGCGGAGGGGCUGACCGCGGGCAAGGGGUUCGUCGCGAGUGGACAGGCCUAUUACAUUAACGAUGGCGAGUCCGUCAACCUGUUUGAAUGGUUAACACCCUUGUUUGAGAAGCUGGGCUACAGCCGACCUCUGAUACACCUGCCCGUCUCCCUGGUGUACACAGCAGCCAUCCUGAUGGAGUGCCUGCACGUCGCUCUGAGGCCAGUGGUUGGGAUCCCUCUGCUCUUCACCAGAAACGAGGUUCGAGCAGAGGGAGAAAACCAAGCAUCCUAGCCAGCACUGCGCUGAUGCGCCGGACAGCUGAGGACAAGGGGCCACACUUACAAACUGCUGUGGUUAUUAGCAGAGCCUUCCUAGAUCUCCGUAUCGAUAAGAAACGAAAAGGCUUGAGGAUUCUUUUUUUCGACGAUCAGAAACUCCUUCAUUAAUCCCUAAUGAGAAACUCAAGACAUGGUCAAAGGGGCAAGUCUAGCGAGGCGGCUGUAAAAUUGAUGAUUGUGUUUAAAUAAAAUAUGAGGCCUCAUUCAUCGCUGCCAAAAGCCGGCCGAGACGCAGGCAGCCCUCUGUGUUUUCACAAGGUGACACUUUCCUAGCGAGAGGCUGUAAUUUCCUUGAGGCUUUUCACCUGACGAGCUGCAGCGCUUCUGCAGGUUGUGAAAGCUGUCUGUAUCAGCUGGCGGCAGAGUCAGUCGUGUCUCAUGGCGAGGGUGUAUUAUACCAGCCCUUUACUGCAACAGCAUUACGUGCGUGCAGAACAGAAUGUAGAGAUAACCAGGCUUAAUUAUUCAUGCUUUAAGCAAAUACCUUCAUCUUCUGUUCUUCUGAAGCUGAAAGCGAGGAAAGCUUUUAGAGGGAUGUAUUGACAUUUUUAGGACUGUAAUAGGCUAUUAAAAUCGAAAUUGCUCACAGAGAAGUUAUGAAACAGUGGGUCAGACUGACACGCUGAUGCUAAGUGUUUUAAGAACUCCACACUGUCCCUUUCCAGAGCUCAGUCAGCUCUGGAGCUCCCGGUUAUUGAGCAGGGUCCCAGACGGAGAGCUCUAGGGACAGCUGGAAUGCUUUUUCUACCAAGAGAAAACAGGCAGCUAAUUGUACCCUGGAACCUGUUAAAAUACACGGAUACAAGGGAUUCACUUAACAAGGAAGCGGAGGAAUGCCACAGGAUUUUAACAAAGAAUUGGGCUUUUUUUUUCCAGCUGUCAUGUCAGUGGCCUCCCCUUUCACCUUCUCCUGCCCGGAUUGUUUGUUUUAAAUAAGAGCAUAAUGUCCAAACACCCCAGGUUUCCUCCAGUGAUGUCUUUGAUUUGUUUGAGUUGCCUCUUGCAAUACUCCAAAACUCGAGGGGCAGACAGGAGGGGUAGAAAACAGGGGGGCGGGUUGUACUGCAGGUGCCUUUCUCUGUCUGCCAGGGACCUCAGAAUCUCUCCGUCUCUCCCAGGAUUAAACAUGCAGCAGGUGCCCCAGGUGUCUGACUUGCCAGAGCCCUGCCUGUCUGCAUUAUCGGUGUAGAUUUCCAUACAGACACGCAAUCCGCUGUGCAGUAAGGGGAUAUCGGAGUUCCGAAGGCGUUCAUAAGUCAGCCACCGCCACGCUUUUUUUAAAUGUUCUUAAAACAAGCCGAGCCACGGUUUUCUGACCUUUUGGGGUGCCGCGAUUUCUCCUGCCAGUGCCCCCGACCCGGCCUGUGACGGCACGCUGGACAGCAGGGGGCGCUGUUUGAAUUUGGAAAAGAGAUGAGAAACAACUCGGUUGUCAGCGCAGCAAGUUUGGAAUCGUUGAAAAGAGACUGUUGUCAUUGCUGAUUAUCAUUUAAAACAUGUACUGUACCUUAACAGCCGUAGCUAUUCAUUUCGAAACUUUUCCUGUGUUUGUUGCCGUAAAAUGUGUUUCUAGUGCGUUCGGAACUGAGACACGUCUUUACACAAAGGGUUGUGGGUGCAUGGAGUAAGCUACUCAGCCAUGCCGAGGAAGCACGACAACAUUGUUCUUUCAAGAAACAGCUGGAAAGAGAUCAGCUGGGCCACUUUGCAAAUAAAAACCUAAUGAAUCUGAUCCGCAACUCUGACGCUCGUUUUCAAGCUUUGUGUGUUUUCAAGGGGGGGGGGUUUAACCUUUAAAACCAGGCACUACAAUAUAGAUAUGAACAAAAGCAGGGACUUAAGGAGUCCUUUGGUAACCCAGUGAAAAUGUUGGCGCAGGCUGCCCUCUGGCGGUGACACAGUGUUUCCCGAGCCGUGCACGGGGCUUGACGGUGUGACCCCCCGUCAAAGAGGUAUGGUGUCACCUUCGAAAGACAGUGUUCCCCGAAUAUUAAGGGGGUAGUUCGCUGUGCGGAGUCGGAUCUGCAGUUUUAUGGGAUAGUACUCAUAGUACUAGUACCUAGCACCUGGGCUGGUUUCAUACCCUAGUGCGCGCCCUCGGCCCGAGUGUGAGGUCUCAGCAGCAGAGCGCCUGACCUGCCCCCCUUCACCCGCAGGUGAGAAACAUCGCCGUCACCCACACCUUCAGGAUCGACAAGGCGCGCCGGCAGCUGGGGUUCACGCCGCAGCGCCGCGACCUGGCGGAGGCC